CGUUGUCGUGAUGUCCUUCGUCAGCAUCCGUAGCUCCGUCCAUGCCACUUUGUGUACAAAGCGAAAGGGCUUUGCAUGUUAUUCGCAGGUUGUAACUUAAUUUUUUGAAGAUUAAGUGAAGCCGCUCUUUCAGUUUUGUCACCAUGUCGGACAAGAGCGAGCUGAAGGCGGAGCUGGAGCGUAAGAAGCAGCGCCUGGCUCAGAUCAGGGAGGAAAAGAAGAGGAAAGAGGAGGAGCGAAAGAAGAAAGAGGCCGACCAGAAGAAGGAGACGCUGCCACCCCAGGAUGACUCUGACCUGGAGAAAAAGAGGAGGGAGGCUGAGGCUCUGCUGCAGAGCAUGGGGAUCACCCCGGAAGCUCCUGUUGCUUCCAUCCAGACGUCGCAACCCCUGCGGAUAGUAACGGCAGAUACCUGUCUCUUUCACUAUCUAGCCCCUCCGCCCACAUCCCCCACCUCCAAGUCUGCGGGCACGCCCAGCGAGGCGGGCAGCCAGGACUCCAGCGACUGCGCCGCGGGGCCCAGGCCAUGGCCCUGUGACACACACGGGUACAGCCUGAGGCCCCCACUGCUGUCCCCCUGUACCCCCGGAGGGGCAGGACCUGUGGCUGGGGUCACAGCUGGACAUAAGGGACGGGCCGCCGUGAAGCUGGGCAUGGCCAAGAUCGUCCACGUGGACUUCCCUCCCCGCGAGACUGUGUCCUACACGAAGGAGACGCAGACCCCCGUCAUGGCACAGGAGAAGGAAGAUGAGGAUGAGGAGGAGGAGAUACCCCACCCCCCGCCAGUACUGCAAACCCAGGAGGAGAAACCAGACCAGAAGGAAGAAGAAGCAGAAGCGGCUCCCCACGAGCUCACUGAGGAGGAGAAGCUGCAGAUCCUGCACUCGGGCGACUUCGUGACCUUCUUCGAGCAUAGCAGCCGCAUCGUGGAGCGCGCCCUCUCUGAGCACGUGGACGUCUUCUUUGACUACAGCGGGAGAGACCUGCAGGAGAAGGACGGAGAGAUCCAAGCAGGGGCCAAGCUGUCUCUCAAUAGGCAAUUCACAGACGAGCAAUGGUCCAAGCAUCGUGUGGUCACCUGUCUGGACUGGUCCCCUCAGUACCCAGAGCUACUGGUCGCCUCCUACAACAACAACGAGGAAGCCCCCCACGAGCCUGACGGCGUCGCCCUCGUGUGGAACAUGAAGUACAGGAAGACCACACCCGAGUACGUGUUCCACUGCCAGUCUGCCGUGAUGUCCACCACCUUCGCCAAGUUUCACCCCAACCUGGUAGUGGGGGGCACCUACUCAGGCCAGAUUGUCCUGUGGGACAACCGUAACAACAAGAGGACGCCCGUGCAGAGGACCCCUCUGUCAGCCGCGGCACACACGCAUCCCGUCUACUGCGUCAAUGUGGUGGGCACGCAGAACGCCCACAACCUGAUCAGCAUCUCCACGGACGGGAAGAUGUGCUCCUGGAGCCUGGACAUGCUCUCCCAGCCUCAGGACAGCCUGGAGCUGGUGUUCAAGCAGUCCAAAGCAGUGGCCGUCACCGGCAUGUCCUUCCCCCUUGGAGACGUCAAUAACUUUGUGGUGGGGAGCGAGGACGGGUCCGUCUACAUGGCUUGCCGUCAUGGCAGCAAAGCGGGCAUCAGUGAGAUGUUUGAGGGCCACCAUGGGCCCAUCACAGGGAUCCACUGCCACACGGUGGGCGGGCCCAUCGACUACUCGCACCUCUUCGUUACCUCAUCCUUCGACUGGACCGUCAAGUUGUGGAGCACCAAGAACAACAAGCCACUGUACUCCUUUGAGGACAGCUCGGACUACGUGUACGACGUAAUGUGGUCCCCCACCAAUCCCGCGCUGUUCGCCUGCGUCGAUGGGGUGGGCCACCUCGACCUGUGGAACCUCAACAACGACACUGAGGUUCCAACUGCAAGUAUCUCUGUGGAGGGAAGCCCAGCUCUGAACCGAGUCCGGUGGACCCAGUCUGGGCGGGAGAUCGCUGUGGGCGACUCAGAGGGGCAGAUCCUCAUCUAUGAUGUUGGGGAGCAAAUUGCCAUUCCUCGCAAUGACGAAUGGAGCCGCUUUGCCCGUACGCUGGCAGAGAUCAACGACAACCGCGAGGAUGCCGAGGAGCUGGCGGCCCAGAGGCUGGUGGCCUGAUCCGCUGGGGGGGGCUGACAUCAGUGGGGCUUCAGGGAGGAACGUCUUCAGAAAUCAAAUGGCAAAAAAAAAAAAGUGGUAUGCAAACUGACUUGCGAGUCAAUCCGAUCUGGAAUACAGCCGUUUACCUCAAAUGUCUUUUUACUCAAAUUUUUAAGACCUUCAAAAGACCAGACCCCUACGCCUUAAAACUGCAUGUCUGUUAUACUCAGUGUAAGGUUGCUGUCAUCACCCUCCACGUUCAGCGCAUCACACCAUGCUCUGAGGAGCGCCCCCUGUUUGCCAGUCGCCCUAUUGACAUCCCACACCUGUAACUGCAUUCGUUCACUGUACCAUGAUGUGUGAAAAGAUGUAAUAAUUCCUUCAUUUUGUGUGAAACUGAAGUGUUCUUGUCAUUAAGUUAUUACCCAGUCAUAUAUAUUCCCAGUAGUGUAAAUUCAUCCAGGACCAACGGGCCUUAAUAAACGAGAAGGAUGUUGUACAGACAUGUCAGACCAUAGGAGCUUUUUUUAUUUGAGGUGGAUAGAAUAAAAUAAGACAUUAUACAAUUAAACUGCUUAUGAUGUAAACAAUGGUUUUCCUCCCUGUAAGACUUUCUUUUGCACAUCCCACUGUGUAAUGAACAUCAAAACCUGCUUCUUCCAGCAAGUUAAACUGUACUGAUGAUUAUUUCAAUAAAAUGCAUUAAAUUAUUUA